CUGGAGUCUGGAAAGAGAAAACAAUAAAAGAUAUAUCACAAACAGUAGACGUUGCUUCCCGCGUUUUCCAUCUCUACAAUUCUCUUUCCUUUUUUUUUUUUUUUUUUUUUUUUUCCCCAUGCGUGCAAGCUAUUUAUUUCUCCCUCACACAUUAGAUCAGAAAAAAUAAUUAAAUUCAUCAAACAAAAAUAAAGAAAAACCCAUAUCAUAAUCCUCAUUUUUUCUUUGGUUCUUAACGGUUUUAAUUCUCUUUAAGCUUCUUCCUUCUUCAAUCACCUCUACUUCUUCUCAUCAGCUUUUGCUUCAUCUUUUGUACUUUCCUUUUUUGUAAACAAACCCUCAUUCUCUACCUCACUUCUUCUCUUUGCUGCUUUUGGUAACUUGUUUUUUCCCGAUAAGAUUCGCAGGCGUGAUCUUCAUCUCUUGCAAUGGGAAGCCAUAUGAGCAAGAAGACGACAGAACAAGCUCAAUCAUCAAAUUCGGCAAUCACCCUCAACGCCAACUUGCAUUACACGACUGAGCUGAGCUCCUACGAGGCAGCUUGCCGAGUCGACUCAGACUUGCAGACGUUCGACGCCAACCUCCACGCUCGUACCAACCACGUCAUAAACUCUCUGGCCGUCGGCGUCGAGGUCCGUGCUCUCUCAUUCGAUUCGUUAAAGGAGGUGACCGAGUGCUUGUUGGAGAUGAACCAGGAAGUCGUCAAGGUAAUCUUGGAGUGCAAAAAAGAUAUUUGGAAAAAUCAAGAACUGUUCGAGUUGGUCGAGGAGUAUUUCGAGAAUAGUCUCCAAACUCUUGAUUUCUGCACAGCAUUGGAGAAGUGUCUGAAAGGAGCCCGAGACAGCCAGCUGCUGAUUCUUGUUGCUCUUCAACGAUUCGAGGAGGAGAGCAGCGGACCCAGCAGCAGCCAUAGAUAUGUAAGAACUCUUGAAGAACUGAAGAAUUUCAAAGCUGCAGGAGAUCCAUUCACAGAAGAAUUCUUUCAGAUCUUUCAAUCUGUUUACAAACACCAGUUGUUGAUGCUGGAGAAGUUGCAGCUCCGAAAGAACAAACUAGACAAGAAGCUUAAGUACAUUCACGCAUGGAGGAAAGUUUCUAGCAUGAUCUUUGUGGCAACUUUCGCCGCCGUUUUGAUCUGCUCCGUUGUGGCGGCGGCCAUGGCUGCACCUCCUGUAGCUGCAGCUCUUGCAGCUGCUACGUCUAUACCUUUAGGAUCGAUGGGAAAGUGGAUCGAUUCCCUGUGGAAGAACUACGAAAACGCUUUGAGAGGACAGAAGGAGGUAAUCAGCUCGAUGCAGGCCGGUACCUAUGUUGCCAUUAAAGACUUGGACAACAUCAGGGUAUUGAUUGAUCGGCUGGAGAUCGAGAUCGAAUCUCUGUUGAAGACGGUGGAUUUUGCAAUCGAGGAAGACGCUGUGAAAAUCGCCAUUGAGGAGAUCAAGAAGAAGCUGGGUGUGUUUAUGAAGAAUGUGGAAGAUUUAGGGUUGCAGGCUGAUUUGUGUAGCAGGGAUAUUAGGAGGGCGAGGACCGUGGUGUUGCAGAGAAUCAUAAAGCCUCCCAACAACAACAACAACAACUGAUCAUCAAUAUACUCAUCGAACAUUCAUAGGACUCGUGAUUGUCUUAAUUUAUUCUCUGCUUGGUUUAACUGGUUGGAAACUCAACAUUUUCAGAUUCUUUGUUUUAAUUAGUUCUACAAAUAAUGACGUCAAUUAUAAUAGCUAAUGUAUUCGUUUGUUUUAAUUUAUAAAGUAGUGGGUACAUUUUUUA